AAACAUCAGAUGGACCCGGCCAAACGUGAAAAAGCUUAUUAAUUUGCCAUUGAAGGAUCGCGAGAUUCCUUGGGAUCAAAACAUCACUCAUCUGCCAUCUACCUAUAUGACCCAAGUUGCUAGGCUGUGGACCUCCAGGGAUAGCUGAAGACCAGAAACGACCAUUCAGCAGCCGAGAGUCCUAUCAGAAUUGAGGAUAGCGCUAGCACGAUCACUUACGAAAACCAUCACGACCCUCUGACGAUAUCACCCGGCAAUCUGACAUGACACAGUCUGAAGUCUAUAAUCAAUUAUCGAGCCUAUUGGUCCCGACUUCGGCGUCGCACUCGAGACACAGGACAACAUCAGAGAUCUCAGAUGGGCUCAAAAGGAUAAGAAGGCUGAUUUUAACGGAGGGAAUACCUUAUGAGGAUGGCAAAGCCUCACUUCGUCCUGCUAUCUGGAAGUUGAUGCUGAGGAUUGACUCCCUCCAUGCUGAAGAUUACUUAAGAUAUGUUGCGAUGGGUCCAUCGGAAGUCAGCACAAAGAUCAAGAACGAUACAUUCAGGACGCUGGCUACGGAUACUCAGUUCAAAGGCAAAGUCAAGGAGGACAUGUUAAUCAGGCUACUCGAGGCCUUCGUAUGGAAGAAUCAUGGAUCUGAACGUGAUGGACUGCCGUUCACCUACGUUCAAGGCAUGAACGUCCUUUCCGCUCCUUUUCUCUAUACCAUGCCAUCUCAAUUAGAAGCGUUUGCAUGCUUCUCCACAUUCAUCGAGAAGUGUUGUCCGCUAUACGUGCAACCGACACUGACAGGUGUCCAUCGAGGGCUCAAGCUACUUGACCGAUGCCUCAAGAUUGUAGAUACCGAGCUGUACGAUCACCUACGAAGCAAAAACCUUUCUGCUGAACUGUACGCUUUUCCGUCCGUCAUGACGUUGUGCGCCUGUACACCGCCGCUAGACGCUGUUCUCCGCCUGUGGGACACCCGUUCACCGUCUCGCAGCUUCCUCCUCGCGUUCGGCGUCCAUCUCAACAUACUUUGCGUCAUUGCUCAGCUCAUUUUGAUGAAGAAUGAGCUCAUGGAAUCACCAUCGCCCAUGAAAAUCCUCCGAACAUUUCCUCCGCUAGACGUUAAACGAGUGAUCGACAUCACCCUUGUUCUCGUCGGCGAGAUACCUGAGGAACUAUAUCGCGAGCUUGUGGCUCAUCCGUUCGCAUCUUGAGCUGGAAAAUCAGUUGGCUACGCAGGCCAGUCAUUGUGCUAUUAGUCUUCCUUGUAUAUGCUGGACAGCACGACAUUUGCAACGACGCACGUUUUUCCAGACUAUAUUUUUAUGCAUACGAAGCACCCCGCAGACCGGGGCACCAUUCUACUCGUUACAAUUCGUUGCGGGUCGUCACAUAGUCGUUAUGAAGAUCUUUCUUUGAUCUUGGCCUGCCC